AUGGCAUUCAAGUCUCGCGGCGGCCUGGACAAGGUCUGGCUAGGGUGGUUUAUCAUGCAGGCAGUCGUCAUAGCCCUUGUCGAUGCGGUCCCAUUUUACCCCAAAUGGCUCUAUGCGUCCCCCGAAAGCCCGCUGUACUUCCUCCAGCGCAUCCACGACUUCUACGUCGAUACGUACAGGGACCUGGUCGUCAUCGAGUGGCAUAACGCUGUGCCCGUGCGGCCCUGGGUGCGGCUUUUUGCAUACUUUGCGAUAUCGUUCCAGUUCCCGACGGCCGUGUACGCGGCGCUGCGCCUGAGAAAGGGCCGUGGGACCUCGGGCGGCGACGAGCUGCUCUUCCUGGUCUACGCCCUUGAGGCCUUCCUCUCCACCUUAGUCUGCAUCCAUGACGUUUACCACUGGGACGAGAAGCUGUACACCAUGGCUGAGAAGCACUUUCUUGUUGGGGUUUUCUACAGUCCUUGGUUGUUGAUUCCCUUUGCGAUGUUUGUCGACCUGUACUUGCGUCUCUACGGCCGCGUGAGUGCAUCUGAUGUUGCAAAAAAGACAAAGUAA